AUGGAGGAGGAUAACAGAAUAGGGAAGGAGCAACUGGUAUGCUGGGUGCAGAAAAUGUUAAAGAGAAAGCGCUUUGACUUUCCUGACCUGAAAGAUGGAGGAGUCUACGUGGAGCUGUUCCAAUGCAUAUGGCCACAAAUGAUGAAAAAGUACCACCAUGAAAAUUACACAAAUGGAAACAAAACGAAACAGAAAGAAAAAACAAACUGGACAAUUAUCAACUCUGUCCUCAAUCAUCUACAGAUCGAUUCUGCUUUUAUAAGCUACAACCACAUAUACACGGAACCACACUUUAGCAGCUGCUACCAAUCGUUGAUCCUUUUAUUCUUCCUGCACUCCUUAGUGAAGCAUCACGCAUGCGACUUUGUGCUAGCCUAUCCCGUAACGAAAAAAUUAACAGACUUUAUGUCAAGUGAGGAACCUCUAAAUUGUUUGGUCAGAGCUGGCUCUGUGCAGCUUCCUCGAAAAAUUUGCAACGGCUUUUCCACAGACUUUCCCAACGCUGUGCAGGUGAAUAAUGCCGCGGUAACAAACGGUGAGCAAAAGGACAACCCCUUCGACAUGGGCAGGUCGCAAAACUGUGUCUCCUCAAGAUGGACUAGUGAACUGGACCACAGGGACUUCACCAAUAGGCUUCAUAACCUUCACAGUGUAAACAUGAAAACGUCACCUCUGCUAAGUAGCAAUGGACUUGUUACACCGUUUACAAAUAGGGAUGCAAUGAGUAGCGAUAAAUCCUUCCCCUGCAGUAGUACAGGUGGGAACAACUGUGAGCAACGCAACACUACUAAGGGCAGGGUACGCACACCCCUGUGUGACACUGCGGAUGGUGUCUCCCGGGGGGUAGACUACAAAGGGAAAGCAAACAUUAUCAAAGGUGUGCAUAAAAAGUGGAUGCAUGAAACAACCGACGGUGAGAAACGGCUGAACGGGGAGGGGAUAAAUGGAGAGCCAGUCAGAAGCAACGCCUUAUGCAGCUUCAACCAAAUGGUCCCCCACCCCCGUAGCAACUUCUUCAAAUAUUUUAACAAAACGGAAGUAAGAAAAAGUGAAAUUUUAGAAGAAGGGCCACAUGAUGAUAGGAAGAAAAGUGCCUUUCCCCAAGGUCCCCAUUUAAACUUCCUUUCACCUCCGAACAUGCGCAGUAGCAGUAGUGCAGAUUGUUACGAACAUAUAAAGGCUCAUGUGAAGAAGACACAGGUGGAUGCGAGUUGCCAAGCUGAUAGUGAUCCUUUUGCUAAUUUCAUACUUAACCAUGAUUCGAUGAAAAAUUUAAAAUAUACAUGGAAUGAUGAAGAGAAAAAAAUAAACGGGGAAUCCUUCAUUUGUUUUUUAAAGACUAAAAUCAACAUGUACAAAAGGGAACUUUGUCUGAAGGAGCAGGAACUCGAAUUAACUAAACAAAUAAAAAAAAAAGAAAUUGAAGAUGUUAAAAUGGCUAACUCCGUCCAAUUGGCAGUUGUCCGAGAGAAACACCAAGCUCAAAUUUGUUACCUAAAACAGCAACACUUGGAAGAUGCUACAAGAAUGAGGAAACAGUUUGAGGAAAAAAUAUACAACCUAGAAGAAGACCUAACCCUAGACCUAGACGUGCUCCACUGCCAGGACAAAAACUCUGUUAUAAGUAACCUACCAGAUGACCAAAUGGAAUGGAGCAAAUUGGAUCAGGCGGACAGAUGUAUACCCAACCAUGGGUAUGCAGGUUGGGGUGAAGGACACCAUGAGGGGGGCUUCACAGAAGGGGCAGAUGUAGCAGUAGUAGACUACGAGGAGAAGGAUGCGAACAUGAACCGUUUUCUGUUUGACCAGGUGGAUAUGGGAAGUGUCAUGAGGGGAGGAGGUUGUGAUACAGAUCACUACACCGACGAUAUUCCUAAGAAGAGAAAAUUCUUAAAUUUCGAUUAUGGCCUUGAGAAUGGAAACGUGAGACAAACUCCAGAGGGGGAACCUGAUGGAGGAAACCUCGCAGCGCUAACUACCAACACGAGUGGAGAGAUACCCCUUGUAGAAACACACACGAGCAACAACGUCCAGGCAGCCAUUAACAAAAUAAAGCAACUUGUUAAUAGAAGAAAUGUAAAGCACGAAUUGAACAAUGAACACAUAAGAGAAGAAAUUGCAACUCUCAGAAGUGAAGUUGAAAAAUUCAAAUGUGGACGAGGGCGCGAAUUGGACUUUGUCACAAACAGUGCUCAGGUGGUGAGCGAACUGCUACAGACGAUUGAUACGGAGGAGGAGCAGCAGGAGGAAGAAGAAGUGCCGCUCAUAGAUUGUCGGGACACGAUGUCCUAUAUAGAACAGGAGCAAAGUAAAAUUUACGAGAUUAUAAAAAAGGGCCAUAAUGAUCUCCUCAAAAAUGAUCAAGUGGUGAAAAUCCUCGACGCAAGUUUCAUCAUGCGGCUCCUCGUCCGCUUAGUUUGCGCAUUAAAAUUGGAAAGGGUUAAACGCCGCCUCAUCGCUGAACGGGUGGGCAUGAAGGGAAGCAGUGAAGGGGGAAGAGACGGGAGAGGCGACACACCAAGCAAUGAAAUAGGAAAACUCGAACACGAAAUGGAAACAGAGGAACAUAUAAAAAGUGUCAACAGGAAGAACAAACGAUUACAGUGCCUCAAUGAGUACUACAAGAAGAGGUUAGGACAUGUGGAGGUAUGGACCCAUACGCUUCAAGACAUAAAAUGGAAGUGCAACAAUAAUUUCAAGCAAAAUGGCAGACAUACGUUUACGUAUAGAAGAGAAGAGACGGCUCUUCACGAGUCUGCGGAGAUCCUUCCUUCAGGUGAUACAUCAAACGAGGCGGCUGCAUCUGAGCCGUUAGCAUAUCCCCACGUUGCACCCGAAUCUGUGUCUCUGCAUCCUGUCGCUCCCUUGCCCCCCUUUCUGUGCUCGCCAGAAUUUUAUUUGCGAUCCUUUGAAGAAGAAAACGAAAGGGACGCACAGCUCAUGCAUCUGUUGAAGCAGAUCGGUAGGUGUGAAAAUGAGGAAGAUGCACCCCUUUUCCAAAAUAACCCUCCCAUGAGGUGCGAAGGAGGGGACAACAACGAGGAGCAAGCAAAUGGGCGACAAAUGAAUUCAGAUAAGCCUAACCUCAGUGCAUGUUCCACAGAAGCAUCGCUAAAAAAAAAACUAACAUAUAACUUCUGGUUAAUACUUGGAGAUACGUACAACUACAGGAAUGUCAUAGUAGAAGCGUGCCAUUACAUUUGUCGUUCAAAUAGCAUGAUGAACAAGUACUUCUUAACGAGUGAGCAGAAAAUGAGGGAAGAAAGAAGGCAAUUCGCACACCUGUGCAACGAUAAGGACACUGUCCACAUGGAAGAAAAAUACAAGUGGAGACAACUAAUCGGAGCAGCGACAUUGAAUAGGGACAUAUAUAAAGAGAAAUAUUUACAAUUACAAAAAGAAAAUGAAAAGGAAAGAAAGAAUCUCCUGCAUCUAACUAACCUCUGCUAUGAACAAGAAAGUGUCAAAUAUAAAAAUACGAUUCAUACAUUUAGACAGGUAGAUCAUAACUGUAGGAUUUACAAAGCAAGAGAAAAAAAAUGGGUUCAGCUAGCCAAAAUGCUGAUAACCGAAUUGACAAAUUCGUCAAAAGAUAACCAGGAAGAAGUGAAGAAUGUCUGGCUGGAAAUUGUUGCAUCUCAGAAGAAGAAGAGGAAAAAAAAAAAAAAAAAGUGCAUGCAGGGGGGAGAUUCUAACUCGGAGAGACAUAUCGAGGAAUGCAUAACUAAUGACGCUUGUGCAGGUGUGGAUGCAACUACCUCACAUUUGACGCCAAUCAGACAGCGCAAAAAAGAGGUGGCAAAUUUAGUGGGUAAAAACAAAGUGAGGAAGGGAACCUUAACCAAUUGCGAACGGGACAACGUCGGAGAGAAGAAAAGGAGCAGUACUACCAGCCGUUGCGUUAGUGACAAAUUGGGGUCUGCAUCAAGGGGGGAGAGAAAGAGUGUGCACAUGGAUCGCAGCAAUAACGACAUGUACCGCCAACAGAAUUCAAUGUGUAAGCAAGCGUCUCCCUCAGUUCGUGCUGCCAACAGAAAUAUCGCUGAACGUGGCGAAGGGGGAAGUAAACUAAACGAACUGAACCACAGCAGGGAUUAUUUUAAGGGGAGCGGUGCGAACUACUACGCCAAAAAUUUCCAAUCCUUCCUAAAUGAUGUGCAACGUAGCUGCGUUCUUAACUUGUCUUCUGAGAGUGAACAGGACGUUUCGUUAUCGGGGGAGGGCACUGCCGAGUCGCUGCAUAGCGGCAGUGACAUAGGUGUAGAUGCAAGUGCAAGUACCGUACUGCAGGGAGAUAAUAGUAACGCCAGCCCAGGUGGCGAACCGUGGGAGAGUUGCCUCAAACAAAUGGCAGAGGAGUCCUGUACGAUGUUUCAAAGGAUCCUCUCCAUGAAAGAAGAAGAAAUUAUGGAAAAAAAAAAACAAAUGGAAUUUCUGCAAGGGGAACUAAACGAAAUGAAGAAGCAAAAGAACAGUCAGGAGAACAAGUACGCAUGUCUGAAGGAACAAAACAAUGACUUACUAAAGAGGCUAGGAUCCCUAAAUGAAAUAAUAUCCAAUUUAAAUGACCAAUUGUAUAAAAUAAAUGAAGAAAAAAUGUGCAGUGAAAAUAAAAGCUUAACCAAACAACAUGAACUUCAUACCCUUGUGAGGAAUUAUGAAAGUGUGGUAAAAUUAAUAAAAGCUCAUGUGAAGAAUUAUCCCUCCGUUUUGUGCCUCAUAGACACGGUGACGGAGCACGACAAGGACAACAUCCUGGACUUGCUCAGUGCGGGAGAAAAUUAUAACGAGGGACUUAGUUUUUCACUUCAAACAGAUGAUAACCAUGUCGACGUGAAGGCGAAACAGAAUUGUGUACUUCAGAGUGUUGCACAGGAGGCAGCAACAAAUAACGUCUCGCAAGUGUUGGCCAAUUUAGAAGAAGCCAAUAUGUCCAUUCGGCGAGAAGACAAAAGUGAGAACAUUCCUGAUUUUUGUUUAACCGAUUUGAUGAGGGAUAUGGGGUGGGACAAUUAG